AUGAUCGACGUCGCAAAAGAUGGGGAGUUGAUGACCAAUUAUGUCACAAUCAACCCAGUCCCCGCCGGUGAGGUCUUUGGGGCCUUCACCGAUCACACCAAACAGCCUGCCGUCAUGAGUCUUAGCGAGGACAACAUUCUGUACCUGAUCAUCAGUGACCCAAAUGACGAAGGCAAGGUUACCCGUGUUGACUUCGGUAGAAGCUCUGGUAUUGUCAAAGGAGAACAGAGAAAGGUUCUUGCCUUUGCGGUGCAGCAAGCUCUGGAUGGGACUUUGGACAUCUGCAUGGCUGUCGAUAAACCCACUUCCGGAUGUCGCUUCUAUUUGUUGCAUGCCAUCAAGCCAGAGGAGCUUCUCCAAGAGAUACCUUCAAGCAAGAUCAUUGAUGCUGUGAACUUUCCAAUCGUUGCUCACAUUUUCAUGGGCAACAAAUCCACAGCAGAGUCCGAGGCCUUCCCGCUGGUGAUGAUCUCCCUCCAGCCAACAGACCGAAUCGCCACAACGGAAGACCUGAAAUUCGUCGAGUUCAGGGGAAGGGAGGCCAAACUCAAGGAGGAGUGGGAUCUACCCACGAACCCCAAAAAGAUUCUCGCCGUGGAGCUGGGAAUUACUUCAACCAGAGAGGGGGCGUUUAUCUUGUACGAAGACUUCCGUGGGGACAAACACCUGCUGUUCCAGGCUUUCAUCAGUUCUACCCCUUUCGCUGUGGAGCCCGUAUGUCCUGAUGGAGCGGUUGGUCUCAGCACGUUCCUUGACCCCGAGACAGAAAAGACAACCCUGCUGGUAGCGGGGGCGGCCAUUACCUAUUUUCUACCUCACGAGUAUCAGUCACCCAAAGGCAAGGGGACUGUAAUGGAUAACCUAGACCAUGUUGCUGGAUUGAAGGAUAUUCAUUGCUCCCAGGCACAGGACAACCUUCGCCUGUGGUAUACCACGGUGGAUGAUGCAGUCUACUACUAUACCACCACCACUACAGACUUGUCAAAGGGCAUCCAUAUUCCGCUGCUUUCCGAGGGACAGGGGGGCCGUGUGUCGGGGCUUCUUUGUGCCCAGGCGAGAGGAGAAGACAGUAAUCUUCUUGUCAGCAGUCUUCUUUCGGUGGACCAAGAUGCAAACAUCUACCUUCUCCAACAGGAUUCAGCCUCCAAAGUCUGGCAGCAGUAUCCUUUCUAUUUCUCGUCGGAUAAAAACGUCAAGGAGGUUGAAGGCUACAUGCUCCGUUUCCGGGCCAUUCAAAAAAAUGACCCCGAGGACCCGGACAACGACGAUGAGCAGGAGAUGAUUGUAGGCUCCUGGUUGUAUCUGACUUCUUCUGGUGUUGUGCGGUGCUUUGUUAAUGGGAAAACUGCAACUGUCUCUCCUACAGGCGACUGGUAUCAGACCGAUGCCAAGGGAGUGUUGAACAUCUUGAUGCAAACCGAGGAUGCCACCUGUCACCAGUUCGCUGUCGAGCGCUAUCGCCCGGCGGAAAUACCUGGGAAGACUAGCACUGGCGAAAGACUUAUCGAGGAACCCGUGUUGGAUCCUUCUGAAAAGGUGGUCGGCCGGCUCAAGAACAUCAAAACCGAGGAAGCCCUCCGAGCACUUCGGAGACAGGACGGAACUCCACUGAUUGGGGAAGAUGUGUCACCUAGAGACGUCACCUUGGCUGCCGAGGCAUUUCAACAUUUUUCCGACGUGGCAGAUGAGAUUCAUCUCAGCCAGAAGCAAAAGCGGGAGGCAUAUAAGAUGGCCGUCCGGGAGCUGAACGGUCGGGCUGCUGAUGGGGAGAUCAUCCCCCUUGGGUGGUGGGACGAUGCAGUGGACUGGAUGAAUGGCGCCUGGGACUGGCUCGGCGACAAAGUAUCGGACAUCAUUGACUGGGGUGUCGAAAAGAUUGGAGAGGUCUGGAAAUUCAUUGCCAAGAUCGCGGGGGAGGUAUUCGAGAUCGUACUCGACACCGUCACUGCAAUUGUCAAAGGCAUCGUCUGGGUUUUCAAGAAGGUGGGUGCGUUCAUCAAGGACGUGAUUGAAUUUCUGGGCUGGCUCUUUGGCUGGGGCGAUAUCCUGGACACCACCGAUAGCAUCGUGGCCGGCUUCAACGCCGCCCUGGACCACGGCAAGGCGCUCCUGGACAAGCCGCACGACACUGUUCACGACUGGCUGGAGGAGUUGCGUGGCAAGCUUAAGGACCUGCUGCCGGAGCUGCAGGACCACGACUAUACAGAAAUCUUGAAGAAUCAGGAAUUGAGGAAACUGUUUUCGGGGAACCGCAAGCAGUCUGACGAUGACGAAACCAAGCAAAGUGUCGUAUACAACUGGUCGGCUUACAACUUUACCUACGGGGGUGGCACGAGCAGCGCAGUCUUAGAAGAUGACUCCUCGUCCUUGACGGGCGUGGAGGAUGAGCUGCUCCGCCUGUGGGAUACAGUCGUCGACCAGAUUCAAGCAAUCUUGAAUACGGUGGUCAAGGUGGGCAGAGAGUUUGUCGACUUCUUCAAGCCUGGCCAUUUUGACGUCAACACCUUGAUCAAUAAGGUUGGCACUAUUCUCAUCGAUGAGUUCGUCGAUGCUCUCAAAAGGUUGGCCGACAUCAUCUUCUACGCUCUGUCUGCCGGCAUCAGUAUUAUAAAGGAACUGGGUAAUAAGGUCAUCAAGAUUCCCAUCAUCUCCUGGGUCUGGGAGAAUAUUAUUGCGCGGGGCCGUCCGCUGACACUAUUGAACUUCUGUGCCCUGCUCAUUGCGAUUCCCACGACCGUACUAUACAAGGCUGUUACCAAUUCCGCGCCUCCGAAGCUCAAGGGCCGAGUCACCCAGGAGACGUUUUCUGAUCACGUCACUGGCAAGGGCAACCCUAGCCUCUCCAAGGACAUUACCAACUUUACGCUCUGUGCGUCAUCCGGGCUGGAACUAGUGUCGGAAGAGUUCAGCACUCUCGGCCUCCUGGCCGAUGGUGCCUUUGGGGGAAUGGGACUCGGUGGAGUCCCAGUUGGUUUUCUGGACCAGUUUCUAAAUGUCUUUGAUGCGGUCAGUGUGUCCUUUGAGGCUAUCAGCAACUUUGUAGAGUGGCCAAUCAUCCGCGAUAAGACAACUACAGGCGCGGACCCCGCCACAGUGGACCUGGCCACAUUUAACAAGUACUCAGGAUGGGCUUUGAAAAGUGCCAACAUUGGCUCCUCCGUGAUCGUCAGGGUGGUUGCGAAGGUGCAAAAGGCUGAUAAAGCUACCGUCAAGAAAUGGCGGGCCGUGGUGGCGGCUGCCUUGUCUCUUCCAACGCUGUGUCUCUCCUUGACCAACGGCAUCCAGGACGCCCGAGAGGGGGAGAAGAAUGAAGUCUUGAUUAUUAAUGGAUUCCUCAAGGCUGGGUUCACCCAUGGAAAGACGUUUGGGACCUCCAUUGCCGCGCUUAACGACAGGCUUGAGAAUGAGCUCUUGUAUGUAGCUUUGGUGGUCAAGCAAGUCUGUGCAAUUGCCCUCUAUGGCCUGAAGAUUGUGGACUUUGGGGUUGGUCUUAUCGAAUAG